GGUCAUGUGCAAUCAAACAGAAAGCCAACUUCACUGUUAGCUGGACAUACCAAGGAGGUAAGGAUCAUUGCUACUCGCAACCAAAACAACCCAUUUGGAGGGGAUGUGUUAAGGACUGCAAUGGACGCUUCAGAUGAACAUGGAGGUGCUCCUGCUGCUAAGACUGGACAGACCUCGUUGCUGGACAGCGGGGAAGACUUUGAGGUUUUAGAUGAGGAAGACAUUGAUGACGACCUUCCUCCUUUGGAAGAUGCCAGAGGAGGGAAUGAGAAUAAAUUGGGCGACACGGAAAAGAAAACCGCAGAAGCAGCACCUUCAGGCAGAGUUGAUGAAUGGCUGGAUGUUUUAGGUAACGACCAGUUGAAGAAAAAGGCCCUUGAAGCAGGAAAGGGACAGGACAGUUGGCCUUUGAAAGGACAAAAUGUAAAGAUUCAUCUUAAAACACACUUGAUGGAUGGUACGCUUGUCGAGGAGCAACAGGAUCUGUGUUUCACUCUGGGAGAUGGUGAUGUUAUCCAGGCGCUUGACUUGACCGUGCAGCUCAUGGAAAUGGGAGAGAAGGCGCUCAUUCAGACCGAUUCUAAAUAUGCAUAUGGUGCACGGGGAAGUCUUGACCCUGAGGUACCUCCAAAUGCUGCAUUGUCUUUAGAAGUGGAACUGUUGGAGGCUACAAACGCACCAGACUUGGAGCUGCUGACCCCACCUGAGAAAAUAGCCCUGGCCAUUAGUAAGAGAGAGAGGGGCAAUGUGCAUUAUCAGCGUGGGGAUUAUGCAUUUGCUGUCAACUCGUAUAGCAAUGCCCUGCAGAUAACAGACUCUAGCUCCAAAGUCGACAUUAGCCCUGAGGAGGAGACUGAGCUGUUGGAUGUUAAAGUCAAGUGUCUAAACAACAUGGCUGCUUCUCAGCUGAAACUGGACCACUACGAUGCAGCUCUGAAGUCCUGUGUCUCAGUGCUUGCACACGAGCCAGACAACAUUAAAGCACUUUUUCGCAUGGGCAAGGUGCUGGCUUUGCAGGGUGAAUACACAGAAGCCAUUCAAACCUUACGGAAGGCUCUAAAGCUGGAACCAAGCAACAAGACGAUUCACGCAGAGCUCUCCAAGUUGGUGAAGAAGCACUCUGAGCAGAAGGGAGCAGAGCAGGCUAUGUAUAAGAAGAUGCUGGGUAACCCUUCUAGUAGGAGCAGCAUGCAGAAACCUCAGGCCAAGUUUUCAUGGGGUCUCAGCUGGAAGUGGCUCUUUGGUGCCACUGCGGUAGCCAUUGGUGGUGUGGCUCUCUCUGUUGUCAUAGCUGCCAGAAAUUAAAGUUGCGAUGACUUGACGAGUCAAAUGCAGUGAAAGAGUCGGUUAACACUGAAGAACAUCUGGCAACGCCUUCUGAUCUGUGGUCAAAGGAGAUGGAAAUGUCAGGUGGUCAAUCGCUUCUUCACAGUCACUCUCCUUUCUCUACUAUGUUUGAGAAUUAUACGUGACAAAUAAUAAAUGGUAAUAUUAGAAUACGGGAAAUCAAUUUCCAGCCUUUUAACUGUAGGUCUAUGCACAUCCAUCACAUCGCCAGACACUGUUUUCAUUUACUUUUAUGGUUUUGUUGUUGAAAGUUGAUUAUUUGAAAUGGAAAUACUAAAUGAGAACAGAUUCAGACCCAAAACAUUUAACGAUCUUUUUUCAUAAAUACAACAAAUGGCUUUAUGCUAUGGUUCUUUAGUGUUGGGAUAGUUUUAAGUCAUUAGAUUUUGUUUGUAAGAUAAUAUUUAUUAUCCGAGAUGUGAUUUUUAUUUGUUAUGGUUCAGAAGCUCCAGAAGAUGCAAGAUAUUUGGGUGUGUUAGCUCUCCAACAUUUUUUCAACAGACUUUGCUCACACAUACACUGACCAAAGUAAAGAAAUCUGUACAAAGUGGUGCGAUAAAGCAGAUCUAGAUUUAGUUAUUAGGUUUUUUUUCUCAGACAUAUUAGAAUAUUACACUGAAAGAUAGUUGUAAGGAAAAAGUUUAAUGCACAUCAAUUUGUUUUAGUUAAAUAAAACAAACUAUAUUCAUAUUGGAUAUCAUGGAAUUGAAUGAACACCCCUGUGGCAUCAAACAGAUGUCACUGAUGGAUGUAGAUUACACUUUACUGCAGAGAGAUUUCUUCAUAGUUUAUUACUCGUGUAUGCACAACAAAUACAGCUCACCUCUGGAGCAGAGAUGAAAGAUUUUAAUUUAAUUUCAGUGAUUUAUGUUAUUUUUGAUGAUUAAGACCAAAUGUGGAGCGAUGUACUUGACCAUAAGUUUGCAUGGGAAGUUGGACUAAAAUUGUUAUGUACUGCUUCUGCUCAUUCCAAAACGUAAACGUGAGCAUACCAAACGUGUGGUUUCCUCAGAGUAUACAGCAAUGGAGCCAAAAGUUGUGUAAUCUAUAAAUAUUUCCUUACAAACCAAUUCAUUGGAAAAUUUCUUGACAUUCCCUGCAUUUGUUCAGUUUGAAUUCAUCACAAAUAAACAUAAAAAAACUA